AUGUCAAUAUGCCUAGAACAUCUACAUGAAUAUGAAUUGACAUGCUGUCCAUCGAAUCAUAAUAUACCAGUCGAAAUGAGGGCUGCAUCAAGCUUAGCUUUAUCUGAUGCAUCUUUACUUCUAAUAAACAGUGGUACCGAUCGACUUCUACUGUAUGAUCUUUCGGUAUCUACAUGCAAAUUGCAUGAUAUUAAUUGGCCUAGCGAUACCUAUGGUGUCAUCCGAGAUAUAUGUUGGUCAAAAUAUAUCAAUUUAUUUUUAAUCUUAGGUGAUGAUGUCGUGUGCUCGUAUUCUCCUAUAUCUAAUCAAUUAAUAAUUGUAUUAAAGUCUUCAUCUUUGAAUGGUCGUUUCUGGUCAUUAACUGUACUCGGCUGUGAUGCGUAUAUUCUUUGUCGACACGAUACUCUAUAUCGAUACUGUUUACCAUCAUGGACAUUAUGUCAUACAUGGUCACGUACAGAUUUAAUUGAUAUAUAUACUACAGAUAAAUUCAUCCAAAUGAUUCGAGCACACCCAUCGAUGGGUUCUAUUGCAUUGCUCAUAAGAUUAAAACGUCAUCGUCAAUGGCGUAUUGAUUUAUUUGAUCGACGCAUGAAAAAACUCCAUUCAGGAGAACCUAUACGUAUGGCAUCUGCUUAUCCAAAUGUUAAUAUUCGACCCUAUGCACAUCAUGGACAAUGGAUUUUAAUGAAUGAAGAUUUUAUUUGGAGAAUAGAUUUCAAUGGUCAAUUGAUAGAACAUCAAUCGCGACAACAAAAAAAAGAAAUAGAUUAA